GUGCAAGACUGGGCCGAUGACAAGGCGCCUGACGGCACCCAGGUCAUCUCGUUGUCACACUGCUGGGAGUCGAGGGAGCACUGUGACCCGUACGGAUACCACGUUUCCAAACUAGCCAAGGCUCUUAAGGGAGAGGAGUGGGUGUUCAUUGACUAUGUAUCUCUGUAUCAGUUCCAGCGACUCUCCCAGCAGCAGAACCUCGGCUUCAAGCAUGCGAUGCUUUACAUGCAUGUGCUGUACUGCCAUGACGGGACAAGCACGCUACGAAUUGAGUCUCUGACGCCGGAAGAAGACAUAGCAGAAGCCAAGAGAAAGCAAGACUCUGUGACAUUAUAUCACCACCCCACCGGCCUGGUGAAACCAGUGCCGGUCUCUGAAUUGGUCGAGAACCGCACCCUGUAUGGGGUGCGAGGUUGGUGUGUUGCAGAGAGGGAGUGGUCCAGCACUCGGACAGCCACUGACCUUUCUCGCGAAAUAGACUCUCCGGAAGGCGAGAAAGGGGGAAUGGCCCCGAUGUUGCCGGAGGCAUUUAAAAAGGAUGUCGCAGGCCGGCUUAUAUUCACGCAUUUGGAUGAUGUAAAGACCGUCUGCAGAUUGCAAGCGGAAGUGUAUAAAGAGAAGGCUGAAGCGGCCUCCGGACUAGACCGCCCGCACUGCAGGAGCCUGGAGAUCAUCAACUGUGAGCUCCGCCCGAAGCUCCCGCUGCUGCUGAAGGCCCUGGAGAAGAUCAAGCUUAAGCUUCGGCAGCUCCACCUGCAGCAGAACCAGCUGUUUGAGGAGGGCACCCGCCAGGUCAUCGAGGCCUUGGCUUUGCAGUCCAACGGGACGCUUGAGGCACUGAGUCUCGGUUACGACGGCAUCGGCGUCGCUAAUGUCAAGGCUUUGGCCGAGGCAAUCAAGCACAAUCGGACCCUCAAGCAGCUGAGCCUUGCGGGAACCAUACUCCCGGAGGAAGGCGCUUUCGCCCUUCUUGAGGCUCUCCAAACAAGCUGCGUGGAGCCGCCGGUCGAUCUGACGGACUGCGAUUGGGGCGAUUUGGGCAAGGCCCACGUGGCCCUGGCCAGGGCCCUCCGGACCGGCCAGGUGAAGGGCACCGUCACCCACCCAGCGCUGCAGUUCCUGUCCAAGUUGGAGGCUCGCGUGCUCUCUUUGAAGCGUGGCGAGUUCUUCAUCACUUCGGGGCAAAUUCAAAGUGUUUCCCAGAGAAGCGUGGAAACCGGAACCCCUCCACCACCCACCCGACACGACCUUGCAGUCACCUUUGCUCAGCACAAUCGCUCGCUUCCUGGUCGAAACGGAGCUCUUCGGACAGCGCCCGCGGCCGCGGCCCGGCGCCGCCGCCGCACGCAGGACUACACACUCACAGAGCUCGAGGAAGCGCAGAAGCUCGAGCUCGUUCUCAACGGCCGCGGGCUCAGCUUCCGGGAGGCCCCAGGCCCAGGCCCGCACCAUGCGUGCGCUCAUCGAGGCGACGGCGAGUUCCGGAAGCUCUUCGAGCCACUCUGCCGGGCCCUGCCAGAGCUCGCGAAACUUCGAGAGCUCUCCCUCGACCUCUCCUGGAGCGAUAUCGGCCCCCGCCCCGGCGGCCUUUUCGGAGUGCGCGGAGCGGGAAGAAUCCUCCUCCUUGCGCUGGCAGGCGAUGGCGAGGCCCGGGCCCUGGCCGCGGGCCUCGGCCAACGAAAGGGGCUGGAGCGGCUGGAGUUGAAUCUGGAUGCCAACUCCAUGGGCCGGGGGCCUCAGCCGCGCUCCUCGUCGCUUUGA